AUGCCCAUCCCCCAGGUCACCGUGGCCGACGACGAGCCUUCCGAGGCUACCUGGCCCACGGUCACUGCCUGGUCCACCUCCGUCAUCCUGCCCCCCAGCGGGUUCCCCAUCCCCAUGGUCACCGUAGCCGACGAGCCUUCCGAGGCUACCACCACCGCUGCCGCCGCUGCCGCCGCUGUCACCGAGGACAGCACUGACGCUACCACAGUCAUCGUGGAGACGGAUGAGGCUUGGGAGGCCAAGCUGCUCGAGGACAUGAAGGUGGCCUCGAUGAAGCGAACCCAGCACAAGGAGAACAAGAAGAGGUGCGGCAAGAAGCGGUGCCCUCCUUGCGCCAUGAUGUAG